AUGGAGGCUCAAAAUCUGAAAGAACCCAGUUUAAGGCUUAUCAAUGAAUCUCUGAGAGACCAAUUACUUGUUACUAUCCAGAAAACCUUCACCUAUACCCGGACACAGGCUCAGCAUCUCUUCAUAAUCCUUAUGGAAUGCAUGAAAAAGAAGGAACUGAUUACAGUAUUUCGUAUGGGGUCAGAAGGACACCAGGAUAUUGAUCUGGCCAUCUUGACAGCUUUGUUAAAAGGAGCGAAUGCCUCUGCUCCAGAUCAACUGAGUUUGGCAUUAGCUUGGAACAGGGUAGACAUUGCUCGCAGCCAGAUUUUUAUUUAUGGGCAACAAUGGCCGGUGGGGUCCCUUGAACAGGCAAUGUUGGAUGCCCUGGUAUUAGACAGAGUGGAUUUUGUGAAGUUACUCAUAGAAAAUGGAAGACAUGGGCCAUCCAACACUUUGUAUCACCUUGUCAGAGAUGUCAAAAAGGGAAACCUACCACCAGACUAUAGGAUAAGUCUAAUUGAUAUUGGCCUGGUGAUUGAGUACCUGAUGGGAGGAGCUUAUCGCUGUAAUUAUACUCGAAAACGCUUCAGAACACUCUAUCACAACUUAUUUGGCCCCAAGAGAGAUGAUGUUCCACUACGGAGGGGAAGAAAGACCACUAAGAAACGAGAAGAGGAAGUGGAUAUAGACCUAGAUGACCCUGAGAUUAACCAUUUCCCUUUCCCCUUCCAUGAACUGAUGGUAUGGGCUGUGCUGAUGAAGCGCCAAAAGAUGGCUCUUUUCUUCUGGCAACAUGGAGAGGAAGCCAUGGCUAAGGCUCUGGUAGCCUGUAAACUUUGCAAAGCAAUGGCCCAUGAAGCAUCUGAAAAUGAUAUGGUGGAUGACAUAUCUCAGGAACUUAAUCACAACUCCAGAGAUUUUGGCCAGCUGGCAGUGGAGCUGCUGGACCAAUCCUACAAGCAGGAUGAACAGCUGGCUAUGAAACUGCUGACAUAUGAGUUGAAGAACUGGAGCAAUGCCACUUGCCUGCAACUUGCAGUGGCAGCCAAGCAUCGAGAUUUCAUUGCACACACCUGUAGCCAAAUGCUACUCACAGAUAUGUGGAUGGGGAGGCUUCGGAUGCGCAAAAACUCAAGUCUAAAGGUAAUUCUAGGAAUUCUACUUCCUCCUUCAAUUCUCAGCUUGGAGUUCAAAAACAAAGAUGAUAUGCCUUACAUGUCUCAGGCUCAAGAGAUCCAAUUGCAAGAAAAAGAGCCGGAAGAGCCAGAAAAAACAGUAAAAGAAAAAGAAGAGGAAGGUACCAAUGGAGAGUCAUCAGUAAGAAAAAAGGAAGAGGAGGAAGUUCAGAAUAGACAUAGAUUGAUCCCCCUUGGACGUAAAAUCUAUGAGUUCUACAAUGCACCAAUUGUUAAAUUUUGGUUCUAUACUAUGUUUUACGUUGGGUACCUGAUGCUGUUUAAUUAUAUAGUUUUGGUGAAAAUGGAACGUUGGCCUUCCAUGCAAGAGUGGAUAGUUAUCUCAUACAUAUUUACAAUGGGAAUAGAAAAGAUGAGAGAGAUAUUAAUGUCAGAACCUGGGAAACUACUCCAGAAGGUAAAGGUGUGGCUUCAAGAAUACUGGAAUGUUACCGAUCUUAUUGCCAUCCUCUUAUUCUCGGUGGGAAUGGUGCUUCGCCUGCAGGAUCAGCCGUUCAGGAGUGAUGGUCGCGUCAUAUAUUGUGUCAACAUUAUUUACUGGUAUAUCCGAUUGUUAGACAUCUUCGGGGUGAACAAAUAUUUGGGGCCAUAUGUAAUGAUGAUUGGGAAAAUGAUGAUAGAUAUGAUGUAUUUUGUCAUUAUUAUGUUGGUGGUUCUGAUGAGUUUUGGUGUUGCAAGGCAAGCAAUUCUCUUCCCCAAUGAAGAGCCAUCAUGGAAACUGGCAAAAAAUAUUUUUUACAUGCCCUAUUGGAUGAUCUAUGGGGAAGUGUUUGCAGACCAGAUAGACCUUUGUAGUUCCCUUCCUCCCUGCAAACCAGGAGCAUGGAUCGUUCCUGCCAUAAUGGCUUGCUAUCUUUUGGUUGCAAACAUCCUUCUGGUGAACUUACUGAUUGCAGUUUUUAACAACACGUUUUUCGAAGUUAAGUCUAUAUCAAACCAGGUAUGGAAGUUUCAGAGAUAUCAGCUUAUUAUGACCUUCCAUGAAAGACCAGUCUUACCCCCUCCACUAAUCAUCUUCAGUCACAUGACCAUAUUUCAGCACAUAUGCUGUAGAUGGCGGAAACACGACAGCGAUCCAGAUGAAGCAGACUAUGGGCUCAAACUUUUUAUAACAGAUGAACUGAAGAAGGUUCAUGAUUUUGAAGAACAGUGCAUAGAAGAAUAUUUCAGAGAGAAGGAUAGAUUAAUUCUUCAGAGAGAAAGAGUAGAGAAUAUGGCAAUGCGAUUAGAGGAAGUGAACGAACGAGAGCAUUGCAUGAAGGCCUCGCUUCAGACUGUAGAUAUACGGCUUGCUCAGCUGGAAGAUAUGAUUGGGCGAAUGGCCACAGCACUGGACAAAAUCUCUGGCGUGGACAGAGGAGAGACCAGUAAGAUACGGUCUCGAACAUCUUCUGACUGUACUGAUGCAGCUUACAUUGUGAGGCAAAGUAGCUUCAACAGCCAGGAAGGAAACACGUACAAACUUCAAGAGAGUAUUGAUCCCACGGGAGAAGAAUCAAUAUCCCCCACCUCUCCAACGUUAACACCUCGACUGCGAAGUCACUCCUUCUAUGCGAUGAAUAUGAAGGAGAAGGGUGGGCUUGAGAAAUUUGAAAGUAUUUUGAAAGAAAGGUCUCUGAGCCUUCAUCGUGCCACUAGCUCUCACUCAGUCUCAAAGAACCAAAAGUUUCAUUAG